AUGCCUGGAAUGAAAGAUUACAUAUCGACUGUUAAAGAUGGAAAACGAAGCCAAAAGCAGAAAAGGUUGCUUCUCUUCAAUCUCAUUGAUUUGCAUAAACAGUUUAGCGAGAAGUUUCCAUAUAUGUCGAUCUGUCUAGCAAAAUUCAGGCAGUUAAGACCUCGAGAAUGUAUUUUGGCUGAAGAGGAACGCAAACCCGACGAGGAUAUUAUUCUAAGCCUAGUAAAUAAUAAAUUAGAUAUAAAGUGCGUGAGUGAAGAAUUUAGAGAUAUUUAUCGUGUUGGGAAAAAGGUCACUGAAAAAAGUCGUCCUAUUGCAAUUGAACUAACGCAUUACAAAUUAAAGCUUAAUAUUCUCAAGGCUGCAAAUAAACUAAAAGACACCAAAAUCUUUGUCUCACAAGAUUAUACCCAGGAGGACUAUCAAAAAAACAAACUUCUCUACAAAUAUAAAAAACGAGCUUUGGCUGAAAAUAGUGAGGCAUACAUAAAAAAUAAUAAUCUUUUUAUUAAUGGUGAGAUAGUUACUUAUGAACAACUUUUGGAAAAAGAGAAUUUAAGUGAAGAGUUGGAAGAAAGUGAAGCAGAAGAAGUUGAGGUCUCAGCUGGGAAUUCCAAAAUAGUAAAUAACAAAAAUAGUAAACGGAAAGAAAACCCCUCAAUCGAAGAAGAAACCGACAACAAAAGUAAAAAACCAAAUAGGGGAAGGCCUGCUGCAAAAAAAUAA